AGCAACUUCCGGAAACUCGCCAUUUGUCGCAAAAUUACACUUUGAGGAAGUGUAUAUUUCUUUUGGCAGAUCAAGAAACAGAUUUCUUACAAAGAAUUAGCCACAGCAUGUCGACAUCUUAAGACGAUAACAUACAUACAGCCAUGUCAAAUUUGUGAAUAUUCUUAAAAAUACUUUCUAUUGACCAUCUAUAGUUUAGCGGGUGGAGAACUUCAAAAUGCAAACCCAGUGAAUUUAUCUAUUUUUGGUGGUACAAGUAAUCUGUUGGCAUAAUAACAAUGAGUUCUGGACGAAAAAGAACGACUGAUAGGCAUUAUUCUGCUGAAGACCAAGCUCUGGAUCAGAUAUCUAAAGAGGCUGAAGAAAGAAUUCAAGCAAGACGGCAGGCUAGGACUGAAGCACGAGAAAUACGACUCCGUGAAAUAGAGAGACAACAAAAAGAGGAGGAAGAACGCCAGAAAGGACAACAAGGAACGGACUCCAAGAGUAUAGCCAGCUAUUCUGGCUCAAGGAGAGGCAGCAAUGACUCUACAGAAUCCGACGUCUCCUCCAAGGACAGUAGAGAUCCCAAGGAUCAAUUACGAGAAUUGGAAGACAAAUACAAGGCUGCUAUGGUUACAAAUGCUCAACUAGAUAAUACAAAAACAAGUCAAGUGUUCCAAUUAGAACUGCUGAAAGAACAGUUAGAAGAACAGGAGGAAGGCAUGAUAGAAGUACAAAGAGAAUAUAAAGAUAAAUGUAGAGACUAUGAUCUUUUAAAAAGAGAUUUUGAAAAUUUAAAAUUAGAAUGUGAUGGUAUAAAGCAACAAAUAGAAUUAAAAGAUAAAUUAUUAAAGGAAAGUGGUUUAGUCAUUGUUACAACAGAUGAAGGAGAGUUUUCACUCACAAAGUGUUCCAACAUGUCCGACGUGCCUAUACCAGAACUUGGUACUUCAAUAAUUUCAGAAGAAGCUGCUGAUUUGCUAAAAAAAGCAGGGGAAGGAACAUUAGGUAAAUCUAAAGAGAAAGUUACUUCCCUUGAUUCCCAAAAGGAGGUUUCUAUUUCAGUUGUAGAUAAUGAGGUAAAAGGUGAUAGUAACUCAGAUUUAGCUGAAAAUGAAGAUAUUAUUAAGGCAGAAAGUAAGAGUUCUGAAGAUUCAGAUCUUCCUGCUAUGGACAGCGUUAUUGCAGAAGAAAAGGCUACAGAUAAUAUUGAAAUAGAAGAUGAAAAUAAUAAUGAUGCAGAAAACAAUGAAAUUAACAUUAACAGUAAAAAAGAUGUAGUUCAAGAAGACAAAAAUGAAAAUGCAAGACAAGAAGGUAAUCCUGAACUAGUUAUAGGAACAGGUAAGGAAAGACAGAGUGAGGAAGAUAAAUCUGGUUCUGAGGAUGAUGAGAAUGAGGUGUUUUUUGAGAGUCAAAGUGAAGUCUGUCAUGAAGAAAGAGAAAAUUUGAGUGGUUUGAAUGAAAAGAGAGAAGAGAAUGAGAUUGCGUAUCUAGAGAAACAGGAAGGAGUUGACAUAAAGGUUGAAAGUAAGGAAACAUCAGAAAAAAUGACUGAAGAUAAAGUGAAUGAGGAUGAGACCGAGUCUGAGAUUGCUGAAAAUGUGUCAGGUGCUAGCAAUGUUAACAUUGGUGGAGUAAUGAAUGUUCAAAAUAAGGGUCUGGAAUCUGAGAGCUUGGUGGUAAGGCCAAAGUUGGGGAGUUCAAGCGGAGUGAGAAAAAUAUUAUAUAGUGAGAGUGUUAUUAGUCUUGAGAGUGAUGUGACAUACCAUAGUGAAUCCGAGGAUAAUGAUUUAUUUGUAGAAGAUGAAAAAGAAAAGCUAGAUGAUAGUUCAGGUGAUAGGAAUCUUCAUAAAAUAGUUGUGGAUGAAAAGGUAUUGAUGAGAGAUGAAACUGAUAAUGAUUCAAGACCAAAUGUGUCAUUUAACAGAGGUUCAGAAGGUGAAGAGUCUUCAAAGGUAGCUGUUGAGAGUAAUGUAGAAUGUAGAGUAGAAAAUGACGAAGUGUCUGUUACUCGUGCUAGUGUAGAAAAUGAUAAUGGUUCUGUUUUGGUCAAUGAUGCUGAUAGUGAUGUUGUACCUAACAUAAAUGAAACUAAAUCAUUAGAGAAGGAAAAUGUAGUGGUGAAAGGAGAUGUUGGAAGUGAUAUCCCUGAAGAAGUUUGCACCUCUCUCACACAUAAUGAUGAGGUGUUUAUGUCACUACCUCUUGACAAAAUGGGUUAUGAUCAAGAUAUGAUUCAGUUUGCUAAAGGUUAUGUUACUGAUAUUGUUCUGAAGUCAGUUGACUUGUAUAACAAGCAGAUAAAAGAUGAGAAAAUCAUGGUCAGACAACAGUCAUACACGUCUAAAAAUAUUGAUAUUUCUAUUCCUAAAAGACAUUAUUCAGAGGAAUUGGUUGAUACUGCAACAAAUGUUAUUCCUAAGAAAUUGUCUAGUGGUUCUGUAGAAAUUCUAAGUCCAGUAGUCCACAUGCCUUCAGAAGAUAAAGGUGACUUGAAAUUUUUUACUUAUAAAUUAGAUACAGAUGCUGAUGUUGUUUUAACCUCCAUAGAGGAAGAGCAAAACCCUCUUGAAGGUAUGGUUACUAUGGAUUCUUUGCAGUCUCCAGUAUCAGGUUUUGGUGUUUGUUAUUCUGGUGUAGAAGGUCACUCUGAUGUAGAUUCUGAUGAUUCAAGCAAUGAUGGUGCUGAGGAAAUAGGGGAUGAAACAGGUUCCCCUGGACUUGUAGAUUUUAUUUCAAUGCCUGUAGCUGUUGAUGAUAAGGUAGACAAAGAGACCAAAGAACUUGGAGUAUCUGAGGUAGAAAAUAAAGACAUUGUAUCAUGCAAUAUUGUAGAUGACAAAGAAGUGAAAAAUGAAGUAGAUUCUGAAAUAAGUAAUGUUCCUGUUGAGAAAUCUGGCAAAAUUUUAGAUACCAGUUUAGAAAACCUAAACACAGAUAAAGCAGAAAGUGAAAAUGCUUGUGAUAUGCAAGAUAAGGAUGCAAAUAAGGUAAAUGAAGAGUUAGUUGAAAAUGCAACUUUUGAUGGUGUUAAAGAGGAAAUUGAUCUUAAGGGGGAUAGGGAGAAAUCAAGCAUUGAUAAUGAACAGCUUGAACCUGAUAAUGAUAGUGAAAAGAAAGAUGAGGUUGGCACAGGAAGUGAUCCUAAUGUGGAAGAAGAGACAAAAGCAAAGGUAGGUGAAGGAAAAGAUGUUGAACAUGUGGAGGGUGCCACAGGGGUUGAAUUCAAUGAAAAUUCUGAGGGAAACAAAAGUGAGAAUGUAAAGUCUGAUUCCUUAGAGAAUGUUACUGAACCAGGUUCAAGGUUAUCGGGAGAAAUAUCUCCUAAUGGAGAAAGUGGGCAGAGUGUUGAUUCAGGCAGUAUGAACAGGAAAAAGUCAAAGAAAAAGGGGUCAAAGAAAAAUUCAAAAGAAGAAUAUGAUAAGCUGAGGAAAAUUUUAGCUGACCAAAAAAGUUUACAAGAAGAGAUCAAUAGGUUAACAGAUAAAUUAGACGAUGAAAGAUCGAAAAAGGAUUCCAGUGCACCUAAGAGCAACCCAUCGAAUGGGCCUGAAUUACAGUUAUAUGAAGUUCAAAGAGAAGCCAGUAAACAGAUACAUGAAUAUAAACUAAAAUUACAAAAAGCCGAGCAAGAAAUAACCAAUUUGGAUGGCACUGUAAAUAGGUUAGAGACACAAGUCAAACGUUUCAAAUACGAUGCUGAGGAAGCAGAAAAAUUAGAAGAGGAAUUAAAAUCCGAUCGACGACGGUUACAACGAGAGUUGCGAGAGUGCCAAAACCAGAUAGAAGAAUUACAAAAUCAGAAUAAACAUCUCACGAAAAGACUAGAAAAAAUACGCCAAACAAGAAGUGCAUUAGGAGUGAAUACAUGAUUCAUGCUUAAUCAUAAUAUAAUCAAUAUAAGACAUCUUCACCCAUUGGUCAGUGCAUUUUCUGAUCAGACCUGUGAUUGGCUAGCUUCAUAAGCAGUGCAUAUUUCUGACUGGAUAGAAGAAAUAAGGAAUCUGAUUGGCCAGGAUCAGUCAUGUGACCAGUGCUUCUUGCUGUGAUUGGACAAUAGGAUCAUGAUAGCAACUUGUAGUGUUUUCCAGUAGAACUUAGUCUGAACCCAUGUUGGAUGAGACCAAGGGCCUAACAGACUAAGAGAUUAGGUGUGAAGGCCGAUAUGAGAAUAAGGAAUUAUUGUUGUUCCAUCCUUUCUGUAACAGAUUUUUUCCUUUAUUUUACUUUAACUACCAGACAGUACCAUUCAUAUAUUAUUUUAUAUCAUCUUUAAAAACUCUGAUGAUGAAAAUAGCAAUGUUUUAUAUUUCAAAGUAAGUUUUGAAUUGAAUAUCAAAAAAUGAUUUUGAUAGGGUAUUUUCCACUAUUUUGAACAACAAAAGGUUUCAAAAUUAUAGGUAGAUGUCUUCUUAAUUGUCAGACUACAACUGUUGCAGACAUUUAGCUUUUAGCCUGCUGGCGGCAAGUGAUUCUGCCUUUGUGACCAGUGCAGACCAAGAUUAGCCUGCACAUCUGUGCAGACUGAUCUUGGUCUGAUUUGUUUGCUAUUCAGUCAGUAAAUUUUCAAUGAACAUUCCUUCAGAUAAUAAAUGGUACUGCCAAAAUUGAACGAUAGACCAGUCCAUUUUAGAAAUUUAGCAGGGUAAAUGUUAGAAUGGUAUAACUAACUUCUGGAUCUUGCAAAAUAAAGCUGAAAUUUGGGAAAAACCCCGUCUACGGAUUUGAUGGAUCAGACAGUAGGAACUAUUUUUAAGCUUUUAUAUGCUUGACAUGUCAAUUUAUAAGGUAUUUAAAUAUCUACUAAGCUUGUGAAACCCUGUGUUAUUUUAUUUUCUCUCGCUCUUUUGUAGACUUAUGCAAGAUUUUAUGUUUGUAUAAAUGCAGAUAUAUCCAUAGUCAAAUGAAAUUGGACCUAGAUGUAUAUAUAGUGACAAUUAAAUUAAAGCUUAUAUUCUAAAACCGUAUCAUGAGAAAGAUGUAUAUUGUGAACAAGAAUAUUUUAUUCAAGUGUAACAGAAAUAUUUAAAGUAUGCAAGAAAACUGUUAAUAGAGAUUUUGCGAUUUUCAUUUGUGUUCGCAUAUUUGUAGUAAAUCCCUUUACAUAGCAAUAAAGACCUGCUUAGAUUGUCCGAUAACUAAUCAGAUCGUUCCCAACAGGUUUAUGUACAUGUUUGAAAUUAAAUGUUGAUGGACAGGUUUGAAAUUAAAACAUUUACUUUUACAGGUACAGAUGAAUGUGUAAGGCUGUACUAUGUGUAUAGUUUGUAAUAUUUCGACAGUGUUUGAAUAUUGACAUCUCAGAUGCUUAGAUGCUUACUUACACGUGCUGGAAAAAUAUAUGGAAUCGCAGUCUCUCUAUUUUCAUAAAUUAACAUGUAUAACGUGUAUAAAGUUUCAAAAACACUAGAAUUCAAUUCAUAUUAUUAUCAACACAGAAUCCUGCAAACAGGAAAAUUACAUGUUUAAAAAUUUGUAGUGCUGAAAAGUCAGUAUUUUUGUGAAUAUGAUUUUGAAAAAAUUUGGAUGACAUUUAAUUCCCAUUUAUGUAAUGUCAUUUGAAGCACAAAUUUAAGUUAAGUAGGAAAUAACAGGAAAUCGGAAACUCCAUUUUGAGUGUUACAGUGCCAGUAUUGAUAAUGAAAAGUUAUGAAUUUUUGUGUAUUAAUUUCAGUAUAAAUCACUUAUCAUUUUGUAUCCAAGAUACCACAGCUGUGAGCAUAUUUUUACUGAUAUAAGUUUAACUCUUGAAGCAGCCCAUUUUCCGAUGCAGUGAUAAUUUUCAGUCAGAUGCGAUAAUACCAAAAGCUAACUUUCACAAAAAACUUCGUUAAAGAAAAGUGUUGAAUUUAGUUGGCUAAAAAAUCUAUGAACUUUUUGCUUGGAAUUUUUUUUCUAAGAUUUUCGCUGUUUUAAGACUUGAUGGCGCGUGUAUUCAGUUUUGAUGUCUUUUUCAGCAGUAGAUUAACUUUAUAACCAGUGCUGUUUGCAGCUGCUUGAUUUUGCCGUUCUUCCAUUGGUUGCUAUUUGAGCUGCACCAUGGAAAAACCAACAUAGUGCAUUUGCGACCAGCAUGGAUCCAGACCAGCCUGCACAUCCACACAGUCUGGUCAGGAUCCAUGCUGUUCACUAACAGUUUCUCUAAAUGCAAUAGGCUGAAAGCGAACAGCAUGGAUCCUGACCAGACUGUGCGGAUGCGCAGGUUGACCUGGAUCCAUGCUGGUUGCAAAUGCACUAUGUUGGUUUUCUCAUGGGACAGCUCAUUUUUAUUUUAUUAUGUCAUGAACUACAUGUAUUUGCAUGGAUGGCAGUCAUGCGUUUUUAUGUUUCUACAUAUUCUUGCCUCUUUUAGUCCAUAUAAUGGAAAAGUGCUCACAUGUGUAUAAAGUAGAAUCACACUUGAUGAUUAGAUAAAUAUUAUUGUAUGUCAUGAUCCCCAAUGCAAAUUUUGAAAUGCUGUUUGUAGAUGUCAAUCUAUUUAUAGAAUUGCUUACUUAGUUAACAGCUGAUAUUAACACUAGAAGAUUUUAUCAGUAAAAGUGAAAAGUGA